UUUUAUGUUUAAAACGUUUAUUCACAUUUUUAUUAUCACAUGUUGGAUUAGCUAUACUAGUUAUUAUUUAUACAGUAAUUGGUGGUUCAAUAUUUUAUGCUGUAGAACGUGAACAUGAAUCAGAAAUUAAACUUAAAAUGUUUGAAAAACGUACAAUUUUAAUAAAAGAUUUAAUAUUAGAAUGGAGAAAUUCUCAAUUAGAAUUAUUAAAUACAAUAUUAAAUCAUGUAAAUAUUAUUCAACAAUUUGAACAAACAAAUUUUGGUAAAAAAUUUAAUAAUCUGUCAAAUUUAUAUGAUUCAAUUGAACAUUUAACUAUAAUAAAUAAUCAUCAUAAUAAUAAACGUUAUUUAUCUAAUAUAUUAAAAGAUGAACAAAAACAACAAUUAUUUGGUUUAUCAUGGUAUUUAUCAACAUUAGGAUGGCCAAAACGAAUAUUACCACAAUGGUGGUUUCAUAAAAAUUAUACACAACUUAUAAAUUUUAAUAAUAUUAAUAAUAAUACUAAUAAUAUUAAUAUACAAAAAGAAAUAGAAUUGCCUAAUAACACGAUAACAGAUAAUUUAAUCAAUAAAUUAUCAAAUGAUACCAAUACUAUACCGGUGAACUCUAUGAAUAAUUCUAAUGAAUAUCAUUUAACUACAUCAUCUUUAUUGAAUAGAACUAAUUCAAUAACAUUAUUAAAUAAAAGAACACAGUUACCAAUGUUAAUAUCUAACAAUAAUAAUAAUAAUAAUAAUACAUUAAAUGUACAAUUAAAAAAUGAUACUAAAAUAGAUCAUAUAUAUUUUUCAAUAAAUUUAAUUAAUUCAUUACCAAAACAUAUUAUAUUACUUACAAAAUUAGAUGAUAUAUUACCAAUUAUUUUAAAUAAAAGUUUUGAAAUUGAAAAUAAUUUACAAAAUAAAUUAGCAAAAUAUGUUGAACAAAUUGUAAUAGCUAUAAAAGAUGAAGGAUGGAAUGGAUCAGAGCAUACAGAUGAUUUUAAUUGGACAUUUGAAGGAAGUAUUUUAUUUGCUGUCACUAUUAUUACAACAAUAGGCUACGGACAUGUAACACCCCAUACACGAUUAGGUAAAUUUCUUACAAUGAUGUAUGCUGUAUUUGGUAUACCAUUAUUUUUUUGUUAUCUUUCAAAUAGUGGUAAUUAUAUGGCAUCAUUAUUUCAAGUUUUCUAUAUACGUAUUUGUCAACCAGCAUUUAUACAGUUUAAAAAAUGUGUAAAAAAAUGUUUUAAUCAAUUCACUCAUAGAAAAGUUACUCAACAAUUCAAAUCAUCACAAAACAAUAAUAUUUUAAUCUAUGAAAGAAAUCAUUCAAGAUUAUCAUCAUCAAAUCCAGUAAAAUAUAAAAGAUAUAAAAGAACACUAACUAAUACUACUUAUAAUCAGUCUAAUAGUAGUAAAAUUUGUAGUAAUAACAAUAAUAAUCAUUUAUACCAUACUUAUCAUAGUCAUAGCUAUGCUAAUUAUAAUCCAAGUGAUAAUUUGAAUUUAAAAAAUAUUGAACGAUCAAAUUUAGCAUGGAGUGAUAAACAAUCACAAACUUCUUCAUCAAGAUUAUCAUCAUAUAAACCAGAUUAUUUCAUAGAAACUAUACCAUCUACAUCUCCUUAUAUAAAUACAAAAGCUUAUUCAACCCAAAGAUUUGACUUAAAUGAUAUAUACUCACUAAGACCAUAUUUACAACAACAUACACCACUGGAAAGUUUUGACAUAUCAAAUUAUUAUUCAAAUACAACUCGUUCAAUCAAUGAUCAAUCAUUCAAAGAAUCAAUAAAUACUUCGAAUAACCUUGAAUUGCUUUCAUCAAUGAAUAUGAUAAAUAUAGAUCAUCAAUUAAAACAACAACAACAAAAACGACAAAGCGAUUUAGAUACAGGUCAUUCAGCAAUAAAUGAAUCGAAUAAAUCAUCAAAUGAAACAAUAAAAACAGUUCCAAUAUCAUUAACUAUACUUAUGAUGACUGUUUAUAUAUUAUUAGGCGCUGCUGUAUUUUGUUUAUGGGAAUCAACAGAUUAUUUAAAAUGGUCGUAUUUUUGUUUUGUAACAUUAUCAACAAUUGGAUUUGGUGAUAUUGUACCAGGUACAAAGAUUGAUUCACAAAAUCCAAAAGAAAAGAUGAUUGCUUUAGCAGUCUAUGUAGCUCUUGGCCUAUCUUUAUUUGCAAUGUGUUUCAAUUUAAUGGAAGAAGAAGUUACAGCAAAAAUGAAAAGAAUAGGACGCCGUAUAGGUGUUACAAAAUCUAAAAAAAAGAAAUCAAAAUCUUAGUUAUCAUUUAUAAAUAUAUUUUUUUAUUUUAUCAUUGAUUUAAUCAACUCUGUCAACUCUAUUUCCAUUAUAAUCUUCAUUCAAAUUUUCAUCUAAACGAAUAAAAUUCCCACAAUGAAUUAGAGUAUAAAAUAAAUUGGAGGAAAUCAUGGUACAUAACUCAUGACCAAGAAGAUUUACAAAUGAAAUAAAAAUUAUUUAUACUUCAUAAUCAUUUGAAAUUCAAGUAGUUUAUGUGAUAAAUUUUUAUAUUAGAUAUAGUUGUUUAAAAAUUAUAAAUUAUAAUAUUUGUCUUUUUAGUUUCUUACUGAAUCAUAUCUAAUUGUAUGAUUUUAGUCAUUUAAACUAACUAUAUUGUGCUACUUAUUUUUAUUAAAGUAGUUAGCAUGAUUAUCACUAAAGAGGUGAUGAAUUGAUUAAAUGCUCACUAUUGAUAAAAAUAGAUCAAUUGAGUAAGAUCAAAAAGGAAAAAAUAAAAGGAAAUCUUUCUUUUUUUUCUCAGAUUUGUUGUGCUGUUAAUUAUUAACAAUGUGAAAAACAUGAUAUCUGAAAGAAAAUCACUUUACCAACACCAUUUUUAAAUAAACUAGGUCAUAUUUAUUACUUUAUCUUUCAAAGUAACAAGUGAAAUACAUUUAUUCAGAUUACUACAUAUAUUCAUUAUUAUUUCAUUUAAGACCUAUCAAAUGUCAAGUGUGCACUAUAUAUACAUGUAUAACAGGAUAGAGUUAUCGUAAUUUUCACUGUAAAAUACCAAAAAUAGAUUUCAAAAAAAAAAGAAUCGGAAAUAAUCUUUCGUUCUGUAAAUAUGCCAAGAAUAUUUUAAUAGUUAUUUAUAAUGAAAUAUUUAUCUACUUGUCAAAAUGUAACAAAUCACAAUUUUAUCUAUAGUUUAUCCAGUUGUGAUUGAUUGUUUUUUUUCUUUCUGUUUUUCUUUUUUUGAAAAAAAAAAUAGAUAAACAGCGAGAUUUCUAUGGUAGUUAAUUUUUUUUAAAAAAAGAGGGUUUAUGUCAAAUAUGUUGUCUAUUAAUCAGAAUUUUAGAUGUUCUCUUAAAGUGACUUACCUCCAAAAUGCCCUGGUAGAACCGAAAGUAGAGAUUCAGCUCUCCCACUCGAAAUGCUCUCAUACGGCCCCGUGUAUAUAGCCUCUACCAGGGAAGUACUACUCACUGACUUCUCGCACCAGGAGUGUUGGUUACGAAAGUCAGAGGACGAAAAGAGAAGGUCUGGCACCGGCUUUAACAGGGUUGGUGGACACGGAGAGUCCAC